UGAAGAUCUGAAAUCUAAUUAUUCCUCAUCUUUGCUUUAAAUUUUUGUGAUACAUAAAUUAAAUAGCACGAAUCACAUUUUCAACUUUGUAAUAUUUUUCACUCAUACUAAUAAUUAAAAGGGACUAGGAAAAAUAAAGGCACAUUUUCUCCGUUGGAAUAAUCAACGGUUACGUAUGGAGAAGAUUGUGUCACGUGGAAGCUAAUCCACCACGAUCCAGUUUCAUCUCUAUUAACAAAGAUCACUCCUUCCCUCGCUUCAAUUUUAGUUUCUAUUGUUGUUCAUCUCUCAAUCGUCUCUUUCGAUAUUUUCUCAGGAAAAUCUUUACAACAUCCGUGGAGAAGCAACACCAGAAUCCGAAUUCAGCGAUGGAUCCAGCGCGGGAAUGCGAAGGCAAAGGAGCUUGCGAAUUGAAAUCGAACAAGCGAUUUGCUGAUAAAAUCAUGCCUCAUCUUCUCAACUUGUACGGGUCUAGUGCAAAAGCCAACGAUUUUGACAUGUAUGCACCAAAUGCUUCAUUUGAAGACCCUUUGACGCAUGCUCAGGGAGUGAAGCAGAUCAAAUCAGCAUUUUAUUCACUCCCUAAGGUGUUUGGUGAGUCGAAAAUAGUUGAAUAUCAUAUUCAAGAAAGUGAAACCUCGCCGGGGAAGAAAGAGAUACUAAUUGACAACAAACAACACUACAAGAUCAUGGGAAGGAACAUAGAUAUGAUCUCUCUCAUUAAGCUCUAUGUCGAGGACGGGAAGAUCGUUCGACAUGAAGACUGGUGGGACAAGAAACCUCUGAGGAACAGAGACACGGUUAGCUUUCCAUUAGUCGGACGGGUAAUGGAGAUGGGUCGAAGAGGCUUGAUGCUAGCGACUCAUGCCAUGAUGGGUUUUGGUAAAGAUCCUGACUCCCAAUGAACAAAUGGAAAAUACAAAACACACAUCAUGUUAUAGUGUUCAGUUUCUUCAAAACACUACUUGAAUUUAAGAAACUCCUUUAAUCGAUUUGGUUUCGAAUUUAGUUUAAAAAUAUGUAAUACAGUAUGUUAAUCGUCUGUUGGUUUUUAGUCUGGUACGAUACAGUCAAUAACUGAAUUUGAAUGGAAAAUUCUUGUAGUUGAACAAACUUGAACCAUACUGAUUUUGGUUAGCUUUUGGGUUUGAAUUAUCCUAAAUCAAAAUAAACCGACGUGGGGCCGGAUCGAAGAACCUCCCUCAAAUGGGCCUUC